CUAACUGGACAAGUCGUUACGUGCUGAUUUUGCAUGUGCACUUGUAUGGACGCCAGCAAUCAGCCACCUUGGUCCGCCAGAACAUCACGCUAGGCCUAUGAUGACGUGCAUGUACAACUGGAGUGGCGUGGAGAGCUGGUAAAACUACCCUUGCUGAUGAAGGAAUAUUGACAGGGUCCAGGUUCAUAAUUUUACCCUACAAACCAGGUAUACAGCUUACGCAACUCCACGACGAGAAGCAGCAUGGCUACAGUGGUACUGUUUGUGGCAGUUUGGUGGAUUGCCAACAUGGUUGCCACUAUAUCAUCAAAGAAAGCAGCGAGUGGCAUCAAGCCUGACGCCACUGACAGUCUGGCCACUUGGACAGGAACAGCGGCCUUAAAGGAUCUCAGGUGGAUUGAAUUGACAAUGCUACAACACCUCUUUGGGGCGCUGUUAGCCAACACGUGGCUCCUUGUAUUCCGUCGCAAGUCAGUCUUUCCCAAAGAAAGUAUCAAUCCCAAACACAUGCUACUUGCAGUGACUGGCAACCUAGUGGGAAAUCUGGCCACUAACGCAUCUUUUGCUGCAGUCAGUUCGAGUCUAACUCAAGUCAUCAAAUCAUGUGAACCAAUCUUCACCUUUGUGUUCGCACUGCUGUUUUACAAGAACAGUGGUAACUUGACCCGCAACGUGCUGUUCUCAAUCAUCGUCAUGGUGGUGGGCACAUGUCUGUUUAUCUCAGGCGAGGUGUCCUUCAAUAUUUGGGGACUUGGUGCUGCUGUUAUUUCUAACAUCGCUUUCCCGAUACGGAACAUCUACCUGAAGAAGUUGGGUCAGUCUUGGGAUGAUCCUCUUCAAAAAAUUGCAGUGGUUUCUAACUUGAACGUCCUGAUUCUGCUUCCAUUUGCGAUCAUGAGUAUGAGCAGCUUAGAUAAACUGCCUCGUUUGGAGAGUUUCACCUCUGCCACCUUCCACUUCAUCUACAACGCCGCCUCCAUAAUGGUGCUCCAAGCAUUUAGUCCUGUGGAACAUGCCAUGUUGAACCUCUCGAAGAGAAUGUUUGUUAUUCUGGCAAAUAUGAUUGUCUUCUCUACACCGUUUACAUUCUGGACAGUCACUGGUCUCUUGGUCAUCUUCAGUGGACAUUAUAAUAAUCAAGGAGGCCGCAUUUUCAUGCAGAUAAUGAAAAUGCGGCGAUGUUUCUCUCCUGCCAUCAUCAUCUUUGGUAUUUCGUCAUUUUGUUGGUUCGUGGGAUUCUUUCGAUCUGAUGCACUCAUGAACCAAUUACAAAUGCAACUUACACAAUACCAACCGAGAGAAGUCAUCACUACAGCUUGGGUAUAUGAACGACCGAUUCCAUACAAUGUUGUAGAAAACAUUGAAGCUUUUUUGGAUAGGAAUCCCGGUAUGACCGUGAAGGUAUUCUGCGGUACCUCCCAGUGUAUGAAGGCAGUGCAAGAUACACAUAACCCAGAGAUUACAGGGGAAUUUCUAGUGCUACCAGAGAUCUUUAAGAAGACCCCUCUGGAGCUCUGGUUAGCCCGACAUCCAAUCCACAAGAUCCUGACAGGUGUUGACUUUGAAGAUCACGUGUACGAGGCAGUGAGGUUAGCUCUGUUAUGGCAUCAUGGUGGCAUUCAUUUCGAUCCCUCGAUCAAACACGGCGAGUUCACUAUCCCAGGGCACCAAGAGGCUUGGGUUAGUAUUGGGACAAACCUCACACAAACUAAAACACAUGGAGUUCUCAGUGUGUCUCGGUUUCCAGUGCACAGCGCUUUCAUUGCGAAUCUUACCAAAGCGUUUUGUCGCGAAUACUCUCGGAAUAUUACCAAUGGAAAACCGCGCUCGUUGCAGAAGUUUGAUUUUCAGAGAUUGGUCGGUAACAUGCUUCACCGAUAUUGCAUGUCUGGAGACUGUUGUCCCACCCACAUAGAAACUGAACUCGAAAGGAUUUCUGUAGUUGAUGCAAGAAGACGCCAUUUCGGAACACUUUCGUACGCAAGCAGAGCAAGGCGAUUUAAGCGCGCAAAUGUUGGGGAUGAGGUACAAAGUUUCCCUGGGAUACAAUUCUUACCUUUCGUUGACCGUUUUGUUGAUAGAGAUAACUUUAAUAAAGCAAAGAGGGAUACUCAUAUCCGGAUGUUUUUCAACGCGUGGUAUGGAGAUGCAGGGAUGACUUGGCCCCCACCGCGUAACAUCGACCCCAUCACGCUGUCUGUGCAUAUUCAUAAUCGAGUCAGGCCAAUGUUCACAAAAUAUAUCAAAUACCUUCAAUCUAAAGAACCAAUAGGAUGCAGGGAUUCUGACACUCUGGAGUUUCUGAAGCAAAACAACGUUGAAGCCUUCCUUUCUGGCUGCCUAACACUCCUCAUCCAAACUCCCAACAUUGAAGACAAGCGUUCAGGCCAAAUAUUCUUGGUCGACGUGGAGAAAGCUUUUGCUGCCCUUCUCCCCCCGGAUAUUAAACGGAGAGCGAUUCGUGUCAUGCAUUAUAAAGGUAAGGGUGGCGGCAAAUCUACCAACAAGGGACGUUUUCAAGCAGCAUACAAUUUGAUACAAAAAUACUCCAAGGCACGUGUGGUUAUUACGCAACGCGUCCAUUGCGCACUACCUUGUGUUGCCAUGGGAACACCGGUUAUUUUCAUCAAUUUCAAUCGCAUGCCCGGGGGAGGCGCAGAACGUGGUUUGAAAGUGUCGCCCCGUGUGACGGGACUUACGACUCUCUUCCACACUAUAGAUGCCUUCAAUAUGUCUCAAGAAUCGAUUGCGCAAUGGCUGCGUGAUUUCAACUGGAGAAAGCCCCCGCCGAACCCCGACGUAAGCAUGCGCAUGCGCCUUCGGGCCACGGACUGGAAUGUGAUUCGACAGGACCUAGUUUUGUACGAUAGCGCUCGUAAAUUUGGCCUGCUACCCCUAUCACCUCCCGCCACAAACACGCCGAAUCAAUUAGUGUUCCAUUUAAUCCUGAACCGUACCAGAAACCUUACAAGCCUGGACUGGCCAAAAUGGCGAACCAUCGAAUCGAUAUUUUAUCAUUAUCCGCAUGCUAGGAUUAUCAUUCAUAGUGAUAACUUACAGACAGGCCAGUUUGAUGUAUUAACAGAGUCCGGUUACACAAUUGAAGUACACGGCCUCAGUGCCAACAUUGUUAAUAACAUAAUGAAAAACAAAAUUGAUAUCAAACAUUUCCGGAGAUUUGGAUCCGGUUUAAACGAAGAAGACUUUGCAAAACUGGCGGUACUAUUCCAAUGGGGUGGGGUGUACAUUGACGCAGAUGUUAUCCUCUUGCGACAACUCGAUCUCUCGUUGAUAAAUACUCUAGUUUGGGGAAGUGAGAAGCAGAAUUCAUUCGAUCUUUCAUUUAUGAGGUUCGAGAGACGUCAUCCAUUCCUAGAGACUGCUAUCCUAAAGGCUUCUGAAUGGCAGGCAUCUCCAAAAGACGGAAAUGUCUCCGCAUUCGAAGCAUUAUUGUUUCAUACUUGGUUUAACAACUUUAAAAACAGUGUGAAAGUUUUACCCCAAGGAGAUUUCUUCAAGCAGUUCAGUGCCCCAAACGAAAGGGAUUGCCUGCAGAGCACAUUCGGGCCUGUUUUUGAAUCCAGUAUGAAACAAGUUCGACUGGAAGUGCGUUUCGCAAAAGUGAAGGGGUUGUUAACAAACCUAAGCAAAUUGAAAAAUGGAACCAUUUGCAAAUACUUGUUCAACUCAUUUUGUGUGCUGUGUAAUAACAUGUACUAACGCAAGUCAUGUCGAAAUAGUGUGCAGCGAAAUGCCAUAUAAUUUUUUUUUAACUUUGCAAAAAUGUAAUUCUUCAAUAGCAGCAAACUUCUAAACCUUCAUCAAUAACUCGGCAUUCACGUCUAGUUUUACCCAAUUGACGCCCUUAGAGCAAGCUCAGCAACCGUGUACACUAAAAAUUAUGGCCUAUUGCAACAAUCUAACUGCUGUGGGUAAAUCUUUCGUCAUCAUUUUUGAAGAUGAUCAAAACUAUAAUGCACAACCUCUACGUCAUCUUCCACGGUUCCAAAUCAAAAUAACAGUUGUCUUAUUCUACUCUAAUUUUCCUCAGUCAUUGUCAGCGAGCAGAUAUCUUUUGGACGAAAAUAUUAGCUACACAUUUGUUGUUGUUGUUGUUGUUUUUACUUAAAAGGGCGAUGUUAAGCAUUAGUUUGCUUUGAUUCACAUCAAUAAGCUGGCCCUCCUUAAUUUGCUGUACUUGAUGUAUUUCUCGACCAUCCUAAAAAGUCUCACAUUUUAGAUGUUUUGCCUCCAACUUGGAAUUAUACAUGUAGGAUCAUAAUUAUAUUCCUUUGGUGCAUUUGUUCGUUGAAAACAACAAAAUUGCAUAAAAUCUUACGUGGGGUGUAAAACAACUAACCUGUGGAACAUUCAGCACAUUUUUGCGUCUCUUGACUUGAUACCAUUGCUGAUGGACUUAAAAUACACUUUUCAAGAAUCCCCUUUCAAGAAUUUUUUUUUUUUUAAAGAUCAUAUGUUACACACGUGUUUAAUAAAACAACAUAAGAUAUACUGGUAAAGGGUGAUAUUGAGGGUAUAGCGUGGCUCGAACAUUCAAAAUAAUACCAAUGCAGAGUAUUCGCACAAAAUGCCCAGCAAAGAGAAAAAUGCCAAGCUCGACCAGCUCCAACAUAUCCGAGGGUUGAAAAUUGCACAUUUAAAUGUGCAAAGCCUCUUUCCAAAAAUUGAACACUUGCGUCUCUUUUUGGCAGAGCACCCUAUCCACCUACUCACCCUUAGUGAAACUUGGCCCCAUAGUCGUAUCGAUGAUGCUGAAAUUAACAUCGAAGGUUGCACUGUAAUUCGUAAUGAUUGUGAGGGCACACAAACCAGCACGGUGGAGUUGCAUGUUACACCUCUUACUCCAUUCCUUAUCGCAAUAUGUCAGACAUUCACAGUGACAUCGAAUCUCGCUGGAUACAGGUUAAACAGAAAAACUCUAACCCGAUUGUUUUAGGUGUUAUUUACCUCCCAUACAAACGAUGUGAACAUCUGCCUAAUCUUACAAACGUGAUGAAUCAAAUUACUUUAGGGUACCAGGAAUUGCUCAUGGUUGGUGACUUUAACCUUAAUUUAUGUUUGAUGAUGCAGAGCGUUCAAACAUUGACGAUUUCUGUUGUGAACUUCAAGUUAAACAACCGAUUGACAGUACAGUCCAACAAGAGUCACACCAACCUCCAGCACAUAUUGAUCUUGUUUUCUUCUCACACCCAGACAAAAUUACUGUCUCAAAUGUCUUCCCUCUCUGGCUAAAUGAUCACUCGAUGGUUUUGCCUAACAGGAAAACAAAUGUACAUAUUAAAGUUCCUCCCAAGGUUUCCGAAAUAAGAAACUUUUAACACUCUGACGAAAAUCAGUUUUUAAAUGAGUUGUUUGAUGUGUCUUGGGAACUUAUUCAAACCACACAGAUGAUAUCGAUGAAGUUCGGGACAUGUGGGAACAAAAUAGUGUUUAAUGAAGCCUGCAAUGGACAUGAGCCAUAUCGGAAAAUUCGCCAAAGAAGAAAUAUAUGGCCUUUUGGGUGACAAAACAAAUGCUUGAGUUGGGUCGUAAACGGGAUGCCAUGAGGGCUAAAGUUCAAAAGACCUCGAAACACGAGGAUUGGCUUGUUGAUAAGCAAUUGCGAAAUCAAGCCAAUAAUUUGGCAAAAUUCCUAAAAAGAAAUUAUUGUGAAAGUGAAAUCAACAACAGCCAGAGAAACUUCAAGAAAUUGUGGACCCUGGCUAAGGAAGCGAGGUUUAAGAAAAAACAACACUCCCUUACCAUCUUGUUUGAACAAGCUCUCCUUAGCAAUAACUUUAAAUCCUUCUUUGUCAAUAUAGGUGCUGAGCUCGCUAUAAUAGUGCGCUUCGGGACGACCAAUCAGUUUAACUAUAUACCCAUCAGUUGGCACUCUGGAUAUAAUGCAGAUAACUUUGCUUUUUCUUCCAUAACAGUCGCCUUUGUUAAAAAACAGAUGAACUUAAAAUGGAUCCGUCUGUUGCAACAUGCACUGACGGUAUGUCAAUCAAGGUACUAAAAGCUGCAUGUCCAGCCAUAUGCCCAUCGCUUACAUACCUAAGCAACAAAUCUUUGUUUUCAGGUAUCGUCUCACAGAAAUGGAAAACAGCCAGAGUCACUCCAAUUUUCAAAGGUGGUGAUCGUGAUCAUGUCACAAACAACAGACCCAUCUCAGCUCCCUCUUGUAUCUAAAGUUCUGUGAAAAAGGCUGUAAAUAACCAACUUCGCGAUUUUCUUGGUAAGAAAAAUUUCUUUGCAGAUCAGCAAUCGGGCGGGGGUUCAGACCACAGCAUGUACCCAAACAAUAGUUCUGGAUGUUGCUGAUUUUAUUUUGCACAACAUGGAUGCAGGUAGUGUGACAGGUGCUAUUCUCUUGUGGACCUAAAAACGGCCUAGCUUUGACACUGUUGACCAUGAAAUCUUGUUGUCAAAAUUGCAGACUGGCUACCGGGUCGUGGGCCUCGACCUGAGAUGGUUUGAAUCUUACUUUGAAUCCAAGCCACACACGUAGACGGUGCUCUCUCUGAUUUAGCCAAUGUUAGGGUACCUCAGGGUUCGAUCCUGGGGCCCUUGCUUUUUACUGUUUAUAUUAACUCCUUCCCAACAAGCAUUACCGUUCCUCGGUGCAAAAUAAAUGCAGAUGAUACAAUAAUUAUGUUCAGCGGCACUUCUUCAGCAUUUAUCAAGGACAUGGUCACAGGCCUGGAACAAGUGAGCAAUAGUUACAUGAACACAAGCUUACCCUUAACGUUAGCAAAACUAAAUUCAUGCUCCUCACUCGUCAGCGACUAUCACACGCGUCAAGGUUUACAGUGUAAUGUUGGACGAAUGUCUAUCCUAGUCUGCUCAAAUUAACUUCAUCGCUAAGAAAAUUUUCAAUAAAAUUGGUUUUCUUCUACGUUCUGCUAAACCUUGCCUCCAUUCCACAUUUAAAAUGCUUAGUAUAGUAGUGUCAUGGUCUUGCCUUUAUUCGAUUACUGUAGCGUUGCGUGGUCCGGUUGUUCAAACGGUAAUACUGAGAGGCUUAUGAAAUUGCACAAUCGCCUCGCUAGAUUAAUCCUCACUGCUGAUUAUAGGACACAUACAAUUAUAGCUGAACUUCAUGAGGCCCUCUCAUGGACUGCACUCCCUCUUCGCUGGCAUUAUAACAGAAUGUGUGAAGUUUACAAAUGUAUUAACAAACUUAACCCGCACUAUCCCAACUCUCGUUUUGAGGCCCAACUCAUUCAAUAGACCUGAGACCUAAUGACGCAAUGGCUUUGUUUACAUAUGCGCUCUCCUAUGGUUGCGAAGUCGGGACGCCAGACAAAGUGGGGAUCGACCGUCUACCACAUAGGAAAGCGCACAUGUAAACAAAGUGUGACGUCAUUAGGUCUCAGGCCUAUUGGCACCCAAUCUCUGUCCAAUUGCUCAGUAUGCAUGUCCUAAGUUCCUAUAAGACCAAUGCAGGUAAAUGCACUUUCCAAUGAGUUGUCCUUGGGAUGGAACAAGUUAAACACCUCACAUAGUCGAAUCACUAUCCAAGUUUGAAAGUUCUCUUAUUACUAACUUUAAUCGCCUCGGUGCUAUGCGCCCCUCGGGUGUUCAAACGUCAUAU